CGAAAGAGGUUGUGUGGCAAAGGAGAAGCAACGACCACACGCUCACGCAAUACAGAGAAAAUGGCCAGAUGCCGCAUGUGCUUUUUGAUACUUAGUAGGAAGGUUGUCUGCUUUAUCUCCAACUGUAUACGCUCAAAACAACACAACAGAAUGUACAAGUCUUACUCGCUCAUCAUAGGCACAGUAAUAGUCCUCUCAUUAUGCCAUGCAGCUCUGUCAGAAAACCUUUGUGGUAAAUCAUUAGCAGAUACUCUGGACUUGGUGUGCUUCGGAAGAGGUUUUAACUACAAUCCGUCAGCUGGGAAGAGGUUAGCUCCCAUGUUUUUGUCGAAGAGAGCUGCACUGCCGUUUUUGAUCUCCAAGCGCCAUGAUACCGAUUUGGCCAGUAGCACGGCAACAAAUCUCUCAAACCCAGAUGGACUUCAGCCCAGGCGAAAAAGGGGCAUUGUAGAGGAAUGCUGCAAGAAAUCGUGCUCCUGGUCAGUUUUAGAAAGCUAUUGUGCGUCAGCUGGAAGUGCUGGCCCAGGCUCGGUCAAUCAUAAUAAUGGAGACCAGGAGACUUUUGCGAGUGACUUGGGCAAACUUGUCGACAUGUUAACAUCCUCACUGGAGAUGCUGCAUCCAAGAGGACAGAAACGCAACAACGCUCACUAAUAGAAUAGGUCACUUUUCCUACCACGAUUAUUGUUUCCCGAAAUUCAAUUUCUUAGCUAAUUUAAUUCCAGUCCAAUACCAUCAGCUUACAAUUUUUAAGUAAGAUUGCUGGCAACAUUUCCGCGAUAUAUAAUUUUUUUUCUAUUCUUAGUAUCAAUAAAGCGAUUAUGAAAUAUUGUCUAGACGACAGGAUGAUUCCAUCCCGUGAUAAUUGUUGACAUAAUUAUGUUUAUUUGCAUAAUUUGACGUGCAGUAAUAAGCCCAAAAUCUAUUAGCGGUGAUAUUUUGUCGUGGGAGGUAUGGAUAAUUGCCAUACGUUAUAAGUUGUUGGAUAUUCUCUCUUUUGUAUUUCAUUUAUUUAUCAUUUUUUUCUGCUGUAGUUGCGCCGAUCGUUUUAGAGCCACUUACAAAGAUCUCCUUAAACGUAGCAUUAGAAAACAAAAGCCGUGACGGAACAACAGAGCAACCGGCUGCCCUUUAGGUGGAUACCGGCGUAAGCUUGUUCACUUACAUGAUGUGCUUUGUA